AAUUAUAUUUUAAUUAAAUUCACUAAUAUUAGAGUGUAUAUGGUUAUAAUUUUGUGGUUGAGCUGUUCAUAUUACAUAUAAAAAUAAGAAAAUCAUAAUGGCACAUUACAAGGGAGCUGCUAGCGAGGCGGGUCGCGCAAUGCAAUUAAUGAAAAAGCGCGAACUUGCUCAAGCCGAAAUUGAGUUACGCAAGAAAAAAAUCGAAGAAGAAAUGAAAUUGUCAAAUAUUGAAAAUAAGUUUGCCAAACAUUAUGAUGCAGUAGAAGCUCAACUUAAAAGCUCUACUAUUGGAUUAGUAACCCUAGAUGAAAUGAAAGCUAAACAAGAGACAAUCGUCCAAGAAAGAGCUAAAAGAUUAGUACAAAAAGAGAAAGAAGUUGAGUUUGAAAAGCAAAGACAAUUAGAGGCAAAACUAGAAGAAAAAAGGCGACAACAACAAAAAAUUAAAGCAUUAUCAUUUAUUGAGGAUAUGGUAGAAAAUAGUGAAGGAGAAGAGACAAAUGAAGAUAAAGCUGAAGAAGAAGAAGAAGAAGAAACAAUUUUACAGCCAUUACCAAAAAAAAUUAAAAAAAAUCCUGAUGUUGAUACUAGUUUUUUACCGGAUCGAGCCCGAGAAUCUGAAGAAAACUUUUUACGUGAGACGUUGCGACAAGAGUGGACUGAUAAACAAAAAUGCUUAAAAGAAGAAGAAAUCAGUAUAACAUUCAGUUAUUGGGAUGGUUCAGGUCAUAGGCGUACAAUUGUUAUGAAAAAGGGUAAUACAAUUUAUCAAUUUUUACAAAAAGUUUUAGAGCAGCUACGUCGAGAAUUCGGAGAACUUAAAACUAUUAUGGCUGAUCAAUUAAUGUAUGUGAAAGAAGAUUUAAUACUUCCUCAUCAUUAUUCAUUUUAUGAUUUCAUUGUUGCUAAAGCAAGAGGUAAAAGUGGUCCAUUAUUUACCUUUGGUGUACAUGAUGAUAUUCGAAUGGUUAGUGAUGCAAGUUUAGAAAAAGAAGAUUCACAUGCAGGCAAAGUAUUGUUAAGAAGUUGGUAUGAAAGAAAUAAACAUAUUUUUCCUGCUAGUCGAUGGGAACCAUUUGAUCCAUUAAAAACAUUUGCCAAGUAUACAAUAAAAGACAAAACACAGAAACAUGAAGCAACACAAAAAAAUUAAAAACCAUGUUAAAAUAAAUUAUAGUAUAGAAUAUGUAAUAAUAAAAGUAUGUACCAGUUUUACCAUAUGGUUCCUUUGUUUUGAUG